CGAUAGGUUUUUGCGAGUUAACGUCGAGAGCGAUAGCGAUAGACAUUGCGGACGAAGAAGAGAAAAUAUUUUAUUCGUGAGAUUGAACAAUUACGCUGUGCAUUAAAUUGUUGAAAUUUUAUCAAAAAACUAUAAAGUAUUAAAAGUGAAUAUAAGAUUUGAUCAAAACAGGGUGUAAAGUUAUUCAAAAACAUUGAAAAAGUCAACUUCAAACGUUUAACAAGCAAGAAAACAGCUGUAAAGUGUUGCGUUGUUAACGUCGCUUUAUAUGUCCAAGAAGCGAGCAACUUUAAAGGCCGUGCAGCUAAAGCACGAAUCAACUGACGAAGAGGAGGACGACGAGGAUCUCGAGCAGCAGCAGAAGCAGCGAUCACGUCGCACAAUGCAUACAGUUGGUGAAACGGGCGCCGGCAGCGGAGUGCCAGCGUUUUUGGCUAAGCUCUGGCGUCUGGUGGAUGAUCCGGAUACGAAUAACUUAAUUUGCUGGAGCAAGGAUGGCCGCAGUUUUAUUAUACAAAAUCAGGCUCAAUUUGCUCGCGAAUUGUUGCCACUUAAUUACAAGCACAACAACAUGGCCAGUUUUAUACGGCAAUUAAAUAUGUAUGGCUUUCAUAAGAUCACCUCGAUUGAGAAUGGUGGGCUUCGUUUUGAUCGCGAUGAAAUUGAGUUUUCACAUCCUUGCUUUAAGCGCAACUAUCCGUAUCUGUUGGAUCACAUCAAGCGCAAGAUUUCCAACACUAAGAGUGUUGAUGAGAAGAGCGUGUUAAAGCAGGAGACCGUGUCCAAGGUGCUGAGCGAUGUAAAGGCAAUGCGCGGACGUCAAGAUAAUUUGGACUCGCGGUUUUCCGUUAUGAAACAGGAGAAUGAGGCGCUCUGGCGAGAGAUUGCCUCACUACGCCAGAAGCAUGCCAAGCAGCAGCAAAUUGUCAACAAGCUGAUACAGUUUCUCAUCUCGAUUGUGCAACCGUCUCGAAAUAUGUCUGGUGUUAAGCGUCACAUGCAGCUAAUGAUUAACGAUACACCGGAGAAUGCUCGCCAGCGCAAUGCGAGUGAAUCUGAGAGCGAAAGCGGCCCUGUUAUACAUGAGCUCAGUGAGGAGCUGCUCGAUGAGGUCAUGAACCCGAACAGCCCCUAUGCCAAGCACUAUGAUGCUGAAAGCGUUUCCCCACUCGCCAUGGAGCGACCUCGGUCGAACAUAAGCGUCAGUAGUUCGCAAAAUUAUGAUUAUUCGAAUCAGAGUGCUGAGGAUUUCAUUGCUGGUCAACUGUUGUCUGGCAACGAAGUGGCCACCAAUGCAGCACGCUCGCCAACUGGCCAACAAGUUCUUUAUACGGUCACCGAGGCACCCGAGUCCCAUGUAUCGGAACAUAAUAUUCAGCCAGGUGCCAGUAGCCCGUUUAGCGGUGAUGAGCAGGUGAAUGUGUUAACAACGCCGAUGGUACGUGAACAGGAGGCACGGAAUCGUCAGAUGCUUAAAGAGAAGAACAAGCAACGUCGUCGCUUGUCCGACAUAGCAGAACAGUCGCCAUUGGAUGUGGAUGUAUCAUCGAAGUCACCGCGCACUCGUUCACCAGCCAAGGAGCAGUUGCAGGUAAUGCCACAGCCUUUGUUAGUGAAGACAGAACCAGACUUGGCUAGUGUAGGGGGCGACAUGCCAUCAUUGCUAGAUCAGCCAGAGACCAGCAGCACCGAUCUAUACAAUGUGAACUUUCUUAGCAACGAUAUGCCCACUAACAUAUUUGAAGAUGAUUCAUUAAUGUCUGCUACUGGUAUUGAUGACCAAGCUAAUAAGUUGGAUCAGCAGCAACAAUUUGGCCUCACCACAGUUAGCAACGGCAAGUUUGCCAAUGUGCCGGUUACCUUUGAAUUGGCCGGCAACAAUGAGAACCCUUUGGUGACCGAUGCAAACUUGGCAUCAACUUCCAAAGCAGCUGCUGCUAUCAAGGAGGAUCAACAACAACAACAACAGCAGCAGCAGCAGGCAAUGACAGUGGCCAAGUAUACCGGCGAUAAUGUGCACGAAACUCGGUUGGUUGACCCUACAGCCUUUAGCAUUAAAUUACAAGAUUAUGAUAACUAUAAUGAAAUUUUCUGUGGCUGUUGCAGUGAUGAGGUUACCGGACAUUUGGAUAACAUGCAAGAUGAAUUGGAUACGUUGAAAGAUUUGUUACGCACCGAGGGCGUAUCCAUUGAUCAAAACAUGCUGUUGGGUGCCUCGCCCAUGGGCGUUGUCGGCAGGAUGCCUCUUGUGCAGUUAACCGACGAGGACCUGCUACUAAAGUUAUUUAACGACUCGGAUGUGCUGGAUAAUUAUGGUUUAUCCUUUUUAAAUGACAACAUGGGCGGUGAUAAAAAAGCUAGCUCUGGCUCCCAACUGAUGGCCUAUCAGCCCAAUAUGUAUGAUCUCUCUGACAUUUUGGACACCGAUGAUAGCAACAAAGCAGGCCAGGAGGCAGCUGCCAAUGGGCGUCAAUUACAAACUCAAAGCUCUGUGCUAAAUACACCGCAACGCGAAUUGUAGAUUAUAGAUGAUAGAUAUAAUAGCAGCUCAGACAUAAAACUGACAAUUUGUUUACUGUUUUGAUUACUUACACAUAGGAUUCUAUAUGGUUUUAGUUUAUACAUAGUUGAGAUCCUGAUCAUACAAUAUAUUUAGUUGAUGUACCACCCAUAACUUUUAUGGGAGUUUACUAAUAGUUUGUAAUUGCUUGUAAACAUCUAACGCGUGACUAUUUAUUAAUAAUAUUGUUGUACGUAUGCCCUUACACACUAUAUAUGAAAUAUAUAGAGAAUUAUAACACUAA